AUGGUGUGUGGGAAUUGUGAGAAACCAAAAAAUCAUUUUAAGAAAGGUUUAUGGUCUCCUGAAGAGGAUCAAAGAUUGAAGGAUUACAUUCUUAGAAAUGGCCAUGGAUGUUGGAGUGAAGUUCCAGUGAAAGCCGGAUUGCAAAGGAAUGGAAAAAGUUGUAGAUUGAGAUGGAUAAAUUACUUGAGACCAGGUUUAAAGCGCGGUAUUUUUUCUACUGAGGAGGAGAAAAUCGUCAUUAAUCUUCAUGCAUUGUUGGGUAACAAGUGGUCACAAAUAGCAAAUCAUCUUCCGGGAAGAACUGAUAAUGAAGUGAAGAAUCAUUGGAACUCAUACCUUAAGAAGAGAGUUAAGAAUUCCCAAGAAGCAUCGAAAUCGAAAGAACUCGAUAACCGAAAUAUCGCUUGUAACCAAACUAUAGAACCAUUGGCAUCAUCUUCAAUGGAUUCAAGCUCUUCCGAAGGAACAACAACAACAACAAUAACAACUCAAAGUAGUUUUAUUCCAAAGGUUAUUUUUGCUGAUUGGUUUUCAAUGGAGAAUGUGAAUGGUGAGAGCUCAUUAAUGAAUGGAGAUACUUCUUCAAUGAGUUGCAUUUUGGACUUAGAACAAAAUGAUACUAAUUUCCUUGAUGGAUUUGGAGAAAGUGAAUGUGUUUAUGGGUUUGAAGCUCAAGGACAAAUGGGUUCACAAGAUGGAUUCUUUGAUCUUUUUUAUUUGGGUGAUUUGUGUGGCAAUUUUGAUAUUUCUCACAAUGAUGCAUAA